AUGGAGGGCAGUUCUAUACUCCAUGCCUUCACCAACAUUUAUUUUGCUAUUUUUGCUUUGUUUUGCUUUAAACUUUUAAUUAAGAUUUCCUUGGCUUUGCUGACCCAUUUCUAUAUUGUUAAAGGCAAUAGAAAAGAGGCUGCCAGAAUAGCAGAAGAGAUCUAUGGGAUAGUCCCAGGCAGCUGGGCAGACCGAUCCCCUCUUCAUGACGCUGCCUUCCAAGGACGUCUCCUGUCUUUGAAAACCUUGAUUGCACAGGGUUUCAAUGUGAACCUGGUGACGACGGACCGUGUGUCGGCUCUCCAUGAUGCCUGCCUGGGCGGCCACGUCGCCUGCGCGAAGGUGCUGCUGGAGAACGGCGCUCAG